AUGCAAGGAACGAUUAAACACAUGUACACAUUAUGUGUAUUUCAUGAACUAAAAUCUAGUGACCAAAACUUUGUUCCUGAACUGUUAAUUGAAGGUUUCGAACGCCGCAAGUGUCCUCAUAGGAAGGACCCCGUUUCCAGCGAUGAAUGCUUGGCAUCUAUAAUAGGUAGUGAAAACCAACAUCGAUACUGUAUCGCGACCCAAAACCGAAAUCUCCGUGAGCAAUUACGCGCCAUACCAGGGGUUCCAUUGAUAUAUAUGAACCGGACGGUAUUAAUUCUUGAACCACCUUCUAAUGUCACUCUUGAAAAAGCGAGAAAGAUUGAACGCCUAAAAACGCUUCCUUCUCAGAUGGAAAUCUCGUUCCUCAACAAAACAAACCCAGAUGCAACUAAAAGCGAUCAGCUACCAAUAAAACGUAAACGUAAGCGUCCAAAAGGACCAAAUCCACUUAGUUGUAAGAAAAAAAAGAAAAAAGAGAUUCCUCCGCCAAAAAAGAAACGCAAAAAGGAACCUAAGAAUGAGGAAAGUGGUGAACGUGAGGAUAACAGAACAAGUGAGCCAGCUCCGAAAAUUAUUGAAGAAAGUCGCAAUCAGCGGUCUGAAAGUUAA